AUGUCUCUGUUGAUUGGUGGAAAGCCCCUUUCUCGACCGCUAGCUACAGUGUACAUCAUUUUGGUGUCCCAGUUUUUCGGAAUAUUUCCGGUCGGAAACGUUUUGGAUCCUAACCCGGAGAACUUCAGCUUCGGGAAAGCUCAUUUCUGCUAUUGGUAUGCCGGGGUGACAAUUUUUGGGGGCUAUGCCGUAGCGCUGUUGGCCCUGAUUCGGUUUGCCGCCUUGAACCAAGCGCUAGAUAUUUUCAGUAUAGGAGAGGUGGUGUUUUUCACGUAUAACGCCACUUGCUCCGUAAUAUUUUGGCGCAUUGCUAGAAAGUGGAAGGUCCUGGCUUCCGCGUGGUACCGAACAGAAGAAGUAUUUCUGACCAGACUAUUUAACCGGCAGCGUCUGAAAUGGAAAAUUCGUACUUUCGGAGCCACAAUGUUGAUACUGGCUAUUGUGGAACAUUGCCUAUCUUUGGGAAAACACAUCAGUAACAUCUACAGAGAGGCUGUCUAUUGUAACUGGACCAUCGCAGAUCCUGUCAAACAUUUUGCUUUCAAAACAUACUUUUCAGCCCUGCAUACUUUUAAUUACAAUGUACCGGUAGUAUUUUACAACUGGUUUAUUUGCGUGACAAUGACCUACACCUGGAGUUUCGUUGAUUUUUUCAUCAUAUUAGUCAGCAUUGGGAUACAAACCAGGUUUAGUCAGCUCAACAGCUUUAUAGAAACUCAAAUCAGUCGGGGGCGAUUUGCCGAUGAACAGUUUUGGGAACAAAUCCGUAUCCUGUAUAUCUCACUCUGUGAGCUACUGGACUCGAUGGACACUUACAUGAAGAAGUUGAUUUUCUUUUCCUUCGGACACGAUCUGUACGGCAUUUGUGCGCAGAUUGUUAAAAGUUUUGAUAUGCCGUACUCGGAUAGUAAAGCUUAUUUUUUGUUCUCAUUUAUUUUUAUUUUGAUGAGAACUUUGUUGAUGUAUUGGAGCUGUUCGCGAGUGUACGAAUCAAGUCGUGAUCCGUGCAAGUUAUUGCUUAAAGUACCAAGUGAAAAGUUCAACGAAGAAGUAUCUCGUAUUCAGAUGUACGCCAAAAGAGGAGUAGGAUUUACGGGACUUGGAUUGUUUGUGGUUUCCAGGAGAAUACUAGCAACAAUCGCUGGUUCCAUUUUAACGUACGAGUUGGUUAUGAUAACAUAUCGGAAGAAAAGUGAUAAAUACAUUCCCAUACCAAGCUGUGAAGAGCGAAGGCCAUUUGUGAAUUGAAAAGGGCAAGG